AUGAUCUCGCGAGAACUCAACUCGACCUCUAUCCCCUGUUACUAGAGUGGUUUUUGACAGUGUGCUGCUGCAAUCAUGCUCAAAGCAAUAAACAAGACACAUCUCAGGCAGUUGGCUGGUCUGAUUCAGAGGUUUCAGAGUACUCUGGUAGUUGCCGAGCACAAUAAUGAGACACUGACCCCCAUCACCCUGAACGCCAUCACUGCUGCUACGAAACUCGGCAGUGAUGUGUCCUGUUUGGUUGCUGGAACAAACUGUGCAAAGGUUGCGGAGCAGUUGUCCAAAGUUCAAGGGGUGAAGAAAGUUCUGGUAGCCCAGCAUGAAGCCUACAAAGGUUUAUUGCCAGAGGAGCUGACGCCUCUCAUCUUGGCAACCCAGAAACAGUUCAGCUUCACACACUUCUGUGCGGGUGCGUCUGCUUUCGGAAAGAAUCUCCUUCCAAGAGUGGCUGCCAAGUUGGAUGUGGCUCCCAUUUCAGAUGUCAUUGAGAUCAAAUCUCCAGACACCUUUGUGAGGACCAUUUACGCCGGAAAUGCCCUCAGCACAGUCAAGUGCAAUGAAAGCGUCAAGGUGUUCACCGUUAGAGGCACUUCCUUUGAACCUGCGGCUGUGGAUGGAGGCGGCGCAUCUUCAGAGGAAGUCUCUCCGUCUGCCCCUGUUGGAGUCUCUGAGUGGCUGGAACAAACUCUAACCAAGAGUGACCGUCCAGAACUCACCAGUGCUAAAGUCGUGGUGUCUGGAGGUAAGAACCUCGCACUAGAACCACAAUCAUCCAUUGGAUAUUACAGGAAAGUGUCAGAAUAUUAACUAAUGCAUGUUAUAGAAUGCAUAGUUAACUCCCAAAUGCUGAAGAAAAGUACAGCGUUUCAGCUACAUUGAAAUAC